UAAAGAAAGCUAAUGGAACAUCUUCUUAUAUUAAUAUCUGAAGAAAAUCCAAAGUUUCCAUCUAACUUAAAAUUCGACACUUGCUAAAAAUGUCUAUCUAUAUUCAGUAUUUUUAACAAAAGUACACUCGAAAAAAUAAAAUACAGGCUUCGUAUAUUUGCAGAAAAAUUAUGUGAUAUAUUUUUAGAUUUAGACGUUUGUUAUGGCAUUAUAGCCUGUAAAGAUCCUCGCUAAAAAGUCGACUUUAACAAAUGGAAAGCUGAAAUUCUAAAAGAUAAGCCUUUAAACUAUACAAACAAGGAAUAAAGCAAAAAUAAUAAAUAACACAUUCUUCAAUUAUCCGAUAUUCAUCUUGACUUAGAAUACACUGAAAAUUCUCUUGCAGACUGUUCUGAAUAUUUCUGUUGUAGACCUGAAAGUGGUUCAUAUCCUCUUGAUGAUAAAAAGAAGGCUAAAUAUUGGGGAACAUUAGCCAAAUGUGACAUUCCAUUAAGAACAGUAGAAGCUCUUUUAGAAGACACUAAGAAAAAAGCAAAUAUAAAGGCAAUUAUAUGGACAGGAGAUAACAUAAGUCAUGAUGUUUGGCAUCAAAAUAAAACAAAUUAGACUCUUCCAUAAAACGAAAUAACUAAUCUAAUAAAAACAUAUACCCGAGAACUCCUGUUUAUCCUAUUUUUGGAAAUCAUGAACUUUACCCAUGUGGAUAAUAUGAUAUAAAUAUAAAAAAUGAUACAACUAAAUGGGUAAAACAAGAAAGUGCAGAAAUGUGGAAAUAAUGGUUAGAUGAAGAAGCUUACAAUACGUUAUAUAAUUAUGGUUACUAUACUUAAUUUGAUAAAAGCUUAAAUCUACGAUGUAAUAAUAAUAGGACAUAUUCCACCUGGAGAUAAUACUUGUUCAUCUUUAUGGGCUAUGAGAUAUUAAGUUUUGAUUGAUAGAUUUGAAAAUACUAUCAAAGGAUAGUUUUUCGGACAUACUCAUAAUGACCAUAUAGAAACUGUUAUUAGCUCUAGUGGUGAAAAAAGAGCAGUGGGAAGUAUAUUUAUAGCUCCUUCAGCAACUACAUACUCUUAUUAGAAUCCUUCAUAUAGAAUAUUUGAAUUUGAAGGAUAAACUCUAAUUAAUUAUUAUUAAUAUAGACUUGAUUUGGAAAAAGCUAAUUAAAGAACAGAUAUUAUGCCUGCAUGGGAUUUAGCUUAUAACUUUAAAAACGAAUAUGGUUUGAUUGAAGUUAAUAAUUAAAGUAUUUACGAACUUGCUUUUGAAAAGUUAGUUAAUGAUGAAGCUAUUAUAUAUAAAUAUAUUAGUCAUUAUUAUACCGGAAAUACUAGUUUAAUUCCUGAAAAAAUAAAUGAAAGCGUUAGAAAAGGUUUCUAGUGUAUGGCUUAAAAUGUAGUUUUUAAUGAUAGAUUUUAUUGUUUUGGACUUUAUAGUAUAUAAUAUCCUAUGGAAUUAUUAUACUAAUUCUUAUAAGCUUUAUAAGGAAAAUGGUUUAUAUGGAAUGAUAACAAAUAGUUAUUGUGAAUCAGCUUUAUUUAUUAUAUAUACUAUAUAUAAUAUAUUUAAAAAAAAAAAUGAUUACAUUUAUAUAUUUUAUUCAUAU